GGAAAAUAAGGCCCUCAGUCUGUGACGUAAUUCUCCGGCGACUGGAGUUAUCCAAAACAAUAAUCCGUUUGAUAUUUCAAUUUUACACUAGUAUUUUCUCCGAGGGCGGAACAUAAUGGCGUUGGAAACUGUCCCCAAAGACCUUCGCCAUUUGCGAGCCUGCCUCCUUUGCUCUUUAGUGAAGACCAUCGACCAGUUUGAAUACGACGGCUGUGACAACUGUGAGUCGUACCUCCAGAUGAAGGGGAACCGGGAGAUGGUUUAUGAAUGCACAAGCUCCUCGUUUGAUGGAGUGAUAUCCAUGAUGAGUCCCGACGACAGCUGGGUAGCUAAAUGGCAGAGGAUAGGUAACUUUAAGCCAGGUGUAUAUGCUGUAUCAGUAACCGGCAGACUACCACCAGGUGUGGUGAGAGAGUUGAAAAGCAGAGGAGUGAUCUACAAAUCCAGAGACACAGCAGUGAAGUCAUAAACCCGACUGGUUCCAGUUGUCUGUUCAGCAACACCAGAGCCAUGUGUGACUGCAACAUCAACUCCACAAAGAAUGAUCGAUAAUGGGAUUGCACUUGCACAUGUCUGAUGUUGUAACAAACUGCCCUUCAACGGAUCACUUUGUGUUUGUUUGACUAGAAAUAUUAGCAUCGGUGCAUAUAGGGGAGAAGAAGUGGCUGUUUUUUUUUAUUUCUUUGGAUAAAUUAGAAAAUAAAGGUCUUUUUUUAAAAGUGAUUAAUGAGCUAUAGCAGUUGAUGCUGAUAUUUGCUGAUUCGGGGUCACCGUCAACGGUUGAGUCCUAUUUCUGACCCGGUUCAAAAAGAUGAUUCCGCACACUGGGAGAAAUUGGCAAUCGGCAGAAAUUCUUGGUAAAAAACAACUUGACACUAGUGAAACCUCAUCAAAGUCCACAGUGUACAUUUCAUUUCAGCACAUUCGUCAACUUGUUUUUGGGUAAUCCAACAACUUUGUGUGUAGAGAUUUCAUUCCUAACACUGUUGACCUAGCGACUGAUUUCAUACACCAAAGAAGUGGAUGUUAACAUUCGUAUCACAGUACCACACUCAUGUACCUCUUUAUUUGGGUCACACGAUGGCGCUUUUCACCAACUGCUGAGUUACAAGCAGUACCAAACAUGGCCAGUAGUGAGAAACAUUUGCAUUUUUUGUACUUAUUGUCUCUCAUAGUUUCCCUGGUUACAUUUAAAAAGCUUUCGAGUCUCCAGCACUGCGGCUGUAAUAACAUCUCAGGCUUUUGGGUUGUCUACUAUGAUAUUUGGGCUUAUAUAACUGUAUCAGAGUCACACACACACACACACACAGGACUCCUUAAUUCUCUGGAAGUGAGCACAGUGAGCUCUUGCUAUUGUCUUUCUAAAAAAAACAUACCCCCUUGGGAUUAAUAAAGUAUAACCAACACAAAUGUAUCUACUGUUUGGUAUUCAAAAAGAAAAACAAUUUCACAAUCAUGUCAAAAAACAUUCCCACUCUACAUAGUGUGUGUAAAAACAUUUUACCAACAAAAUGUAACGGCGUUGAUAGUAUUUCCUGAGAGGGCCUUUUAUCAUCUAACACCGUGCGGUGACCCCAGACUACAGGCUUCUCUCCUGCCUCGGACUCCUGGGAACCCUGCAAAUGGAACCCAUUUGAUGUCAUUACCAAACGAUGCUGGUUAGUGACUGCCUGUAACAAACAAACCCUUUACACUGCACACUAGGUCUAAUUAAUUAAUCUGCAUCUAG